AUGGACCCCGUCUUGGCCAGAAGAUUGGCAGACAUGGAAGCCAUCAUUCAACGAAUCCCAGGAGUCCCGGCCCCGAUCAAGAAGAGUGCAGAGAGUUGCUACGCUGACUCUCCGUUCGUGGAUGAGAUAGCCUUGGUGGAAAUGCCCAGAAAGUUUAGCUUUCCACAUAUGAAAAUGUUCGACGGCGCAUCCGAUCCAGAUGACCAUAUAGCUCAAUACCGCCAAAGAAUGUUCACCGUGGCUAUCCCUCGUGACAUGAUGGGAGGCAUGCAUUAUGCAAGUAGCAGGAAAUUGGAGAAGAUCUCGGAGGACUUGUACGCCGUUGUCCAAAUGCAUGGAGAACCACUUCGAGACUACAUUGGACGUUUCAACAAGGAGAAGGUGUCAAUCACCAACUGUAGCGAGCAAACCGCUGUCACCGCUUUUCGCAAGGGACUAUUGCCCAGCUCGGAUCUUUAUAAAACUCUCACCAAGUAUCCGUGCAAGAUCAUGGAGGACGUGCUGAUUCAGGCGUGGGCACAGAUUAAGUGGGAGGAAGACCAAUACAACAUGCAGAGGGCCUUCCCACCUAGUCGACCCGAAAGAGACCACCGGGUAGACAGGAGGUCAGGUCGUGACAGACGUGCUGAACCGUAUCCACCUUAUCGACAAAGCGGAGGAAGGGAUGAGUACGAUAGGGCACCCGACACACGCCCCCGCGAGAAAGCAAAGAUUCCAGAGUAUGCCCUAUCCAUCUCCCCCGCCGAAGCAGUUGAAGCACUAAAGAAUCUGGGCAACAAGGUCAAAUGGCCAGAAAGGAUGAGGGCCCCAGCUGACCAGAGGGACAGGUCCAAGUGGUGUGAGUUCCAUGCAGACCAUGGGCAUCGGACAGAGGAUUGCAUCGCCCUCAGAUUGGAAGUGGCCCACCUACUAAAUCAAAGCCACCUCACCGAUUACCUAACCGAAAAGGGCAAGCUUACCCUACAACAAGGAAGGGAUAGACAAGAGAAACACAGAGACGACAGCCCACCAGACCCGCCACACCAUGAGAGAACUGUGAACGUGAUAUCCGGAGGCUCCGAAGUCAGCGGAAUCACCCACUCAGCCGCCAAGAGACACGCCAGACAAGCUAGAUCAAGCAAAUCUGGGGCUCUGCCUUCCGGCAAAGCUGGACCAACGGAUCCAACCCUAACAAUCAGCUUUGCAACAUCCGAAUCAGACAAGCUUCUACACCCCCAUCAUGAUGCUUUAGUUAUUUCCAUUUAUAUUGCUAAUUGUUUAACAAAGCGUGUGCUAAUAGACAAUGGUAGCUCUACCAAUAUUUUGUUUUGCAGUGCAUACAGGGAGAUGGGUUUGGACGAGUCCAAACUAAUCAAGAAAGCGGCCGUACUCGUUGGCUUCAGUGGCGAGAGUACGACUAUUGUAGGGGAGAUCGAUCUUCCCAUCUACGCAGAGGGAGUCAACCUUUCAACUAGGUUUCUCGUGGUAGACGCCCCGUCAGCAUACAAUGUCAUCCUAGGCCGUCCAUGGAUCCACGGAAUGGAAGCAGUACCAUCCACCUAUCAUCAAGUCAUACGAUUCCCAACCAAGUGGGGAGUUAAGGAGAUCAAGGGAGAGCAGAAGGACUCCAGGGCGUGCUACCAAACCACUAUGAAAGCGAAAAGCCCGUCCUUAUAG